AUGAGGCUAGAGCACGGGCGGCGGGCUUCUCUGGCGCUCACCCUCAACUUUGUGGCGUUUGCUUUUGCCUUAUCAGCGGUGACCACCAGCUACUGGUGCGAGGGGACCAGGAAGGUGGCCAAACCCUUCUGCACAGGACCGCCUGUGAAAGUGAAGCAGUGGUUCUGCAUCCGCUUCAACAGCUCCAACAUCAAUGACACCCGGCUGGUGCAGUACAUCUUCGAGACCGGAGAGGAGAAGUUUCUGUUGAGGAAGUUCCACACGGGCAUAUUUUUCUCCUGUGAGCAGGCCGUUGACAUGAACGGAUUUGACUGUCGAGACUUCUCAGAGAUCGCACCAGAGCAUGAAAGAGGGGUCCUGUGGUUGUGUAUCGUGGCUGAGAGUCUUUACCUCACCCUGCUCUUCACAGGGGGGGCUCUGAUGACUCUGGAGCAGUGUCCCUGCUUCAGUAUCAUGAACAAACUGAAGCUCAGUGCCUUCGCUGCCUUGUGCACUGCCCUGUCAGGCCUUUGUGGGAUGGUGGCCCACAUGAUGUUUACCACCAUAUUCCAGCUGGCUGUCGCUAUGGGACCAGAAGACUGGAGGCCCAAGACCUGGGACUACAGCUGGUCUUAUGUCUUAGCGUGGGGCUCUUUUGGCACCUGCAUGGGUUCUGCGGUGACAGCGCUGAACAGGUACACGAAGACAAUCAUAGAGUUUAAAUACAAGCGGCGGAACAUCGAGAAGAGCCUGAUGAUCAAGCAGAAGAUGAUGGAGCUUGACUUUCCCGAACAGAUGUGGGACAUGUACCUGACGGCUGUGCCCGCUGACGCGGAGGCACCGCUAGAACUGCCGGUGAACGGCCACAAGCCCUCCACAGGAACCACGUACGUGGUGGAAAUGGACAAUGUACCAGAACAACAAGGAGAGGCAUACUGCUAA